AAAGAAAAAAGAAUAAACCUAAGGUCUUAAAACGAAUUUAAUUAAGACCAAGUCGAAAAGAAGUUGUGGUGAAUUAGUUUUGAUUGGAAGUGUUGGCGUGAUUGUGAAGUUAUUGCCCCAUAAACUCGCCCACAAAUAUUUACUAAAGUUUAUUGCAUUCGAAAAAAGAAAAGAGUGAAAAUCAAUUAAACAAAAUAUUUGAUUACCAUUACUGGAUCAUACACGCAGUUAUCGGCCGACUUGCUGUUCCACUAACCAUGAAAACGUUGGAAAGUGUGCCGGUCCAACAAAAUAAUUAACGAAAUCUGUGGAGAGCGGCACAGAAAAGUGCGAGUGCGUGUAAACCGAAUCAAAAUCCCAGUGGCCAAAAUGGCAGCCAGUGAAAAUCAAAUUUGAUAAGCUACAGCACCAGGUCAUUGUUCUUUACGACUAGUGAAAAUCAGUUCGCAUUUAAGUAGCCCAAAAGUCUUCAAAGACGUUCAACAAUUAUUUCUGUGCAACGAUCCAAAUACAGCCAUUCAUGUCUGGAAGCUUAAUACUUAAUUGAAAAGUCUAACAUGCGCCCGGCACGUUACCGAUGAAGCAAGCAACUUUAAUCAGACACAGACACAGACACAGCAGCACAGACAAGAAGAUGUGGCCCAAACAGCGUUGGCUAGUCAACAGAGCAACUGCAGCGAUACCAGAGAGCAGCAGACACCAAAUAGUAGCAGUAUUAGUAGCCUUUAUCUUAGUCAAUUGCCUAGCCGCGGCGACGGCGGCGCUUAUCACACCACAGCACACGGGCAGCGGGAGCGGUAGCAGCAGCAGCAGCAGUGGCAGCAACACCAACAGCUUUGAUUACGAUUCCACAAAUGAGGAUGACGACAGCACAUCCUUGCCCAGUUUCUAUCGCAGUCCACAUCGCCUGGAUGGCUACUAUACGCCUGCGGAUCUGCAGCGCAGCCAAAACUUUAAGAUAAGCCCCAAGCCGUGCUCCUUUGGCCGCAUCGAGGGCACCUGCAUGUUCGUUUGGGAGUGCAUCAAGUCCGAGGGCCAGCACGUGGGCAUGUGCGUUGACUCGUUCAUGUUUGGCUCAUGCUGUGCCCACAACUACACCGAGAAUAUUGUGCUGCCCCACACGGGCUUCUCAUACACGAGACCCACCAAGCCCCUGUCGAUGAGGCCCCGGCCGCCACCACAGCCACACAAGCCGCUAAUCAGCGGUAUGACAACUAUUGAACGUCCACAUGGCGCUGGUACAUUGGUCAUUCGUCCUUCUGGUCCGGUGCAUCAGGGCACUUUAUCCAGGCCACAUCCGAAGCCAACGACGCCGCCCGAUUUGCAGAGUGCAGCCAGCCAGGCGACGAGCAGUUCGAAUAGUAUUUGGCAUACAUCAACGCACCAGCAGUCGCCGCCGCCGCAGCAGCAGCCACAGCACCACCACUGGCACAUGACCACCGAGCCAAGCUUUAUUACCAGGCCGCGACCCACCGGCUGGACCAAGCCCGGCAUAGUCAAUUUGCCAGCAACCAUGCGUCCCUCCAAGCCGGCUAAGCCCACAAAGAAACCGAUUGUCUACGAGCGGCCUCCAACGCCGCUGCCAACGACAACGACGUCGACGACGACGACGACGACUACGACAAUGAUGCAGACGCGACCGAAGCCCAAACCCAAACCCAUACCGACCAGGCCUCAGCUGUUGCCGGGCACAUCAUUAGUCGCGUCCUCCUCAUCAACAUCAGCCGYAACAACAACAACCUCAACAACGACAAAGGGCACAACGACAACAACAACAUCGAAAGCAACAACCAGCACCACAAMAACAACCACUAGGAAACCCACCAAGCCCUACCAGCGGCCCACCACAACAAGCACGACARCAGCUUCCACAUCCUCAUCCACAUCCACAUCCACAACGGCGGGAGCAGCGGCUGCUGUAUCAACCUACAGACCACGUCCGAGUCCAACAUCUCAGCAGCCCACGGCUGGCAUUGAAUCCAAUGAGAUAACGGACUCCUCCACAGACGAGGCCGGCAUGCUUGGCCAUGUGAAGACCAUUUCGGCGGCACGCAGCGAAUGUGGAGUGCCGAUGCUGACGCGUCCAGAGACUCGGAUUGUGGGCGGCAAGAGCGCAGCAUUCGGUCGUUGGCCCUGGCAGGUGUCUGUGCGACGCACCUCGUUCUUUGGCUUCUCUAGCACACAUCGCUGCGGUGGCGCUUUGAUCAACGAGAACUGGAUAGCCACGGCGGGGCACUGUGUAGACGAUCUGCUCAUCUCACAGAUUCGCAUACGCGUGGGCGAGUAUGACUUCUCUCAUGUGCAGGAGCAGCUGCCAUACAUUGAGCGCGCCGUAUCGAAGAAGGUGGUGCACCCCAAAUACAACUUCUUCACAUACGAAUACGAUCUGGCACUGGUUAAGCUGGAGCAGCCUCUAGAAUUUGCGCCGCAUGUCAGUCCCAUUUGUUUGCCCGAAACGGAGAGUCUGCUGAUUGGCAUGAAUGCCACGGUCACUGGCUGGGGUCGACUCAGCGAGGGCGGCACACUGCCCUCGGUGCUGCAGGAGGUCUCUGUGCCCAUCGUGAGCAACGACAAUUGCAAGUCCAUGUUUCUGCGCGCCGGCCGCCAGGAAUUCAUUCCAGACAUCUUCUUAUGCGCUGGCUACGAAACGGGCGGUCAGGACUCGUGCCAAGGCGACUCAGGUGGUCCACUGCAGGCCAAGUCACAGGACGGACGUUUCUUUCUAGCCGGCAUCAUAUCCUGGGGCAUUGGCUGUGCCGAGGCCAAUUUGCCGGGCGUUUGCACGCGCAUCUCCAAAUUCGUGCCCUGGAUACUGGAGCAUGUGAGAUGAUAGCUGCAUCUGUAUCGUCGAUAUGCUCAGCUCUUGUUAUUGUUUUAAAUUAUUAAAUGUAUGUUUUAAGAUUGUGUGAUUUUAAUUUAAACGAAUCUUAAGCUUAGUUAGCUUCAAUUUAACAAUUUGCAUUGACCGCACACACUUAGUCAGGCCCACUAAGUUAGUCUAGCGAAAAUUGCCUUUAAGUUGUCUAACAUAUGGAUAUAUAUAAAUCAUAUAAUUGUAUCAAUAUGUGUAUA